AAGUUCUUUGCUUUAUUUUUCCUUGUUCUUGUUUUUGUCUUAUUGUUUGCUGUUUUCCGUGGGUUGUUCUUAUUAGAAUCUCCUUUGUUUUGUCAGCAUCUCUUAACAAAGACUUGAUCUUUUUCAUAUUACCGAUCAUGGGUUUUUUCCUUUACCGUUCAUGUCUCUUUCCUUUGUCUUGUUUUUGGAUUAUUGUUUGGUUAUUUAUGGUUUCUGGACAUUGAUAUUCCGUUUGUCACUUGGAUUCUGUCUCUUUGUCCACAUUUCUGGGCAAAGAUUCUCUUUUCCCCCUCAAUUCUAUCUGUUUGAACGGAAAGUCUGUCGCUUUAAGAUGAUUUGAAGAUCAAUCGUGUGGGUUUUGCUUCAAAUCCAAUACCACAAGUUCCCUUCGGUUUGAACUUUUCCAUGUAGGGGACUGAUCCUACAACUCGGGAACAUUGAAACUGUGUGUUGAUUCACCUCAAAAAAACACUUACUGGUCGGAUCUGGACAUGGCUAUGCAAACUGUGUAUUUGAAGGGAAGAGAGGGAAUUGCGGGGAAUACUCCAGUCGGGCAGCUUCUGUCUGCUCCACAGACCACUUGGUGGAAUGUUUUGGGAUCUCAGCCUUUGCCUUUGGCCACAGACAGAGGUGCUGUCCGAGAGCCAGAACAAGGAAUGAAUAAGCAGAACUCUGCAACUCAGUUCACUCUCUCUACUGGUGAUGGGAAGAAUUCAAGGGACGUGCUAAAAUCUCAAGGAUGCUUCACAACACAAUCAGCUUGCUUUGAGUUUGGAUUUGCUCAGCCUCCGCAGGGGAGAAUGAUGCUGCCUCUGAACAUGGAAACAGAAGAUGGCCCCAUAUAUGUGAAUGCAAAGCAGUACCAUGGAAUCAUAAGACGCCGCCAGUUCCGUGCAAAGGCUAUUCUUGAGAACAAAGCUGCUAAAUGCAGUAAGCAACCAUAUAAACAUUACUCGCGCCAUCUCCACGCAAUGCGACGUCCAAGAGGAUCCGGUGGACGUUUCUUGAACACCAAAGCUAUGAUGAACAAGGAAAGAGAUGAAGCAAAGCAGCCUCAGCCGAGUAACUCUCAGAACUCAGAAGUUGUCCAUCCGGAAAACGGGACCAUGAAUUCGUUAAGGGAUGGAAAAGGGUCGGGUGUCUCGGGAUCAGAAGCGACGAGCAUGGAUUGCUUUCUUGGCUCUUCCGUCCAUUCCCAUUCUGGAAUGGUCAUGCCCAGCAAGUGGGUUGCAGCAGUAGCAGCCAUGGAUAAUGGCUGCUGCAACCUCAGAUUUUGACAUAUGCGAGGGGACGAGACAGGACCUGUUGACCAUUGUCUUUGGGCACGAGUCCUGUCCCUUGCAUAUGAGCCGAAUGGAGAGAACUCUUGCCGUGGAAAAUGGCAAGAGCUCUAUAGGUUUAAAGGAUUGUCCCUUUGCCAGACCCAUUUGGCUCCAGGCAAAUCAUCUUUGGCUCAUCCUCAUCCAUUAAGGUUGUUGUUUUCCAUCUCCAGUAUGCAUCUCUGUCGGAUUUGAGGUGCAGAGAGAGAUGGUGAAUGGCCUUAAUUUAUCAACUUUUAAGUGCAUAUUGAAGUAGAAAGUAGAAAACUGGUGAAGAACAGUGAUUGAGCUUGUGUGUGUGUGUGUCUGAAACUCUGUUGCUUGAAUUUUCUGUGUUGUGUUGAUAUCUGAAACAUGGUUUGAGUUCCAAGUUUAUGUAUCAUAUGGUCGAAACCUCUGUGUUUGGUGUUUGUAAUAAUCUUGAACUUGUUUCUACAUUCUCUAUUCAUUGAUAUUGUUUUUUUUA